AUGAGGAGCACUGGAGGAUUAUCAUCUAGCGAAGGCAUGAAUGCAGGGGCGAAUAAUCGGAUUGAUGAGGUUCUACAAGCUCUGGCUCAUUUGGGUGCAGUAUUAGGAGACCAAGCACAACAACCUCAAGUUGGUGCUAAUGCUGGAGGAGGCGACCGCCAUUUACAAAGAUUAGUCGAGCAAUUUCCGAAGCUGAAACCAUUGAAGUUCACGGGAUUAAGAGAACCCGAAGAAGCCGAAAAAUUGAUUAAGAGCAUGGAGAAGAUUUUUAGAUUAGUAAACUGUAACGAUGUGGAUAGAGUAGCCCUGGCUAAAUAUCAACUGGAAGACAAUGCUCGGCAUUGGUGGAAUGCGAGUAAGGAAAUAGUAUUUCCUAAUGGAAUUGAGGUAACUUGGGAGGAUUUUGUUAAUGCCUUUUAUGGACAAUAUUUCUCCGAUUGUGUGAGAGAUCAAAAGAUAGCUGAGUUUAUGAACUUGAUUCAAAGUGACAAGACUGUGGAUCAAUAUGAAGAGAAAUUUUUCGAGUUAUCCAAGUUUGCACCGUAG